AUGAAUAUACUUAUUUCAACGGCAACCUGGGGUUUGCUCGGCUCUUUGGCAUUCGCGAUAUGGAAACGUAUCCGAUGCCUGGUGUUCUCUCCUCUGGAUAAUAUCCCAGGCCCAUCACGUCAAUCAUUCUGGAGCGGAAACGUUGGUCGGUUUUUCGACCGCCGCGGGCUCAAGUUUCACAUGCAGUUGGCGCAAAAUUACGGUUGCGUCGUCAGAAUGCAUGGGCCACUUGGCCGUCGUAUGCUGUACGUAUAUGACCCAUUGGCGUUGCACAGUAUGCUGGCCAAGGAUCAGACCUCAUUCGAGGAGUCCUCGAAUUUCAUCUGUUGUAAUCAACUUUUGUUCGGCCCUGGAUUGUUAUCUACAGUCGGAGAGCAGCAUCGGAAGCAGCGAAAGAUGCUUAAUCCAGUCUUUAGCAUCAACCAUAUGCGACGUCUGCUGCCGAUUUUUAACCAAGCUGUUCAUAGGCUUCGAGUGGCUAUCUCUUCGGAGGUAAUUGAAGGCACAGAAGAGAUCGACAUGCUUGACUGGAUGAGUCGUCUCUCUCUUGAGCUUAUUGGACAAGGUGGUCUCGGGUAUUCGUUUGAUCCGUUGGUGGAAGACGCGAAGAACGAGUAUGGUGAUGCACUUAAAGUCAUUUUUGCCGCCCUGCAAGAUGUCUUCUUUCUUCGGCCUCUGCUGCCGUAUGCUUCAUUGCUAGGCUCGCGUUGGAUCUGGCGCCGGUUAUUGGACUUAAUACCGUACACUCCCGCACGCAGGUUGAAGACCUUAGUGGAUGUCAUGGCAGACCAUUCUGUCUUAAUCUUCGAACAGAAGAAAAUAGCCUCAGAAAAAGGGGAUCAAGCACUUGAACGCCAGUUAGAAGAGGCGAAGGAUAUUAUGAGCAUUCUUAUGAAGAAGAACAUGGCCGCGGCUAACGAAGACAAACUUGACGAAUCUGAGGUCGUAGCGCAGGUCUCCACGAUGACUUUGGCAGCCACCGACACUACUUCAAACACUGCCUGCAGGAUCCUACACUUGCUGGCCGAGCACCCUGAGGCACAGAACAGACUUCGACAAGAAAUCAUAGAAGCGUCUAGCGGCGAAGAUAUAUCUUACGACGAGUUGAAUCAGCUACCCUACCUUGACGCUAUAAUAAGGGAAUCAUUGCGACUUUAUCCGCCGGCUACCUUGAUCUCCAAAGAGGCGAUAGCGGACACCAUUCUCCCCUUGUCCGAGCCGAUAGUUGGUAUCGACGGGAAGAUGAUCGCCGAGAUUCCUAUCGCCCGUGGUACAGAGAUUUACGUGGGUAUUCUUGGGUCCAAUACCAACAAGGCCAUGUGGGGGGAAGAUGCUUUAGAAUGGAAGCCAGAGCGCUGGUUGUCCCCUCUACCUCGUACUUUGAUGGAGACACCUAUUCCCGGUGUAUAUUCCAAAUUGAUGUCAUUCUUGGGUGGGAAGAGGGCUUGCAUUGGUUUCAAAUUCGCUGAGGUGGAAAUCAAAACUAUCUUAUUUGUUUUGCUCUCUGCCUUCACAUUUGAUGUUACCAAAAAGUCUAUUGUGUGGAAUGUUGCCACUGUCAAUUAUCCCACGGUAGGGAUGGAUAGUGCGAAGCCAGAGAUGCCCCUACGCGUUCAGCUUGUAUCCUGA